UUCUCAACGAGGUAAUAAUUACAAUGUUGGUCGAGGGCGUGGAAUGCAAAAGAAACUGAAGCGUAAAGAUCGUGGAAGGGGACGAGGGGGCAAUAAAGGAUCUGAUGGCUUCCAUGAGGACGGCAAGCCAAUGAAGAAAUGGGUUAAUAUGAGUCAGGAGUUCAUAAAUCAGCAUACAGUGGAACACAAAGGCAAACAAAUCUGUAAAUAUUUCCUUGAAGGGAGAUGUAUUAAGGGAGAACAGUGUAAAUUUGAUCAUGAUGCAGAGAUUGAAAAGAAAAAGGAAAUCUGCAAGUUCUACAUACAGGGUUACUGCACCAAAGGAGAGAACUGCAUUUAUUUGCACAAUGAAUUCCCUUGCAAGUUCUACCACACAGGAGCAAAAUGCUAUCAAGGAGAUAAGUGCAAAUUUUCUCAUGCUCCUCUGACUGCAGAAACAAAAGAGCUGUUGGACAAGGUUUUGAAUAACGAGGAGGAACCACAAAAUGAAGAUGAGAAAGAACUGGAGGAGCUCAGAAAGCGUGGCAUAGUUCCUCUCCCUAAGCCACCACCAGGUGUGGGACUUCUGCCAACCCCACCAGAGCAAUAUCCGUUUUCUGAGUCUGACAUAGAAAAUUAUCAAGAUCCUUCAGGAGACUAUAAGAAAAUCCCAUCUCUUUUUGAAAUAGUUGUGAAGCCUACUGUGGAUUUAGCACACAAAAUUGGAAAAAAGCCACCGACCUUCUAUAACAGUGGAUCACCACCAAGACCACCGUUUCAGGGAAAUGACCCACAUUCUCAGCAUAUGUAUAAUCCAGGUUCAAGUCCAGGGCCGGGACCGGGCAUGUCACAAGGACAUAAUGGGCCACCAAUGCACCCAGGUUCUCCUGGACAUCAUCCGUGUGGAGGGCCUCAAGGCCCAGGCAUGCCGCAGAGUCCUCCCAUUCAGGGUGUUCCACCAGGCUUUCUCGGACCGCAGAACCAGAGUGGUAUGCCUAUGCAAGGACAGCAAGGUGGUCCACCUCUCACCCCACCAGGUCUUGGUGGGUCUUACAAUGCCCCAGGAGUUCAAGGACAUAUGGUGAAUAUGCCGAGAGAGAAUCACUGUCCUCCGGGGCCACAGUACCAGCAGAUGCCUGGUGAACGACAGCCCAACAUGAAUUACGAGCCUAUUCAGAACCCAGCUGAUUUUUAUGACAAUUACUAUUCUCAUCAAGCCGUGCAUAACUUCCAGCCAGCUAAUAACUCUGGUGAUGGAACAUGGCAUGGAGAAUUCACAGAUCACCAGGCUCACCUCAUGGCUCAAGAGUCGCAUCAAGGUGGAAGCGAGUCGGACUGCAUGAGUAGCCAUAUGGGCCAUAAACCAGCCAUUAACGUACCAGAUUUUCUUCCAGCAAUGCAGAAGGCCCUUUAUGUAAGACUUAGUCAAAAGCAUCAAAGAGAUGGAGACUCUGUCAGCAGCCAGGGUCAGAGGGUGAUGAGCAAAGACGAAGAUGACAAUGUCAACUGGUAUUCCAGUAGUGAAGAGGAAGAGGGGAGCAGUGUUAAAUCAAUACUAAAAACCUUAAAGAAGCAAAGUGAAAAUUUUAGGAAUCGGCAGCAACAUUCCACAGAGCAGCACGUGCUUGGUAUUCCUACUGAUCCGAGGCUGGCAAAAGAAAAAGGUGUGGGGCCUCAGGCUGCUGACCCAAGACUUCGGGCCUCUCCGAGGUCCAACCCCAGAAAGCCUGAAUCCGCAUCCAUGGACCCACGGCUGCGAGAUCCCAGGAUGCACAAGGUCAGCGAGGGCAGCCACGCCAGCUCAUCCCUUGGGGGAGCAAAGGUAGAUGUACACCACACGCACACAGGAGUUAAAGUCAAGCAAAAAGGGAUGGACGAUGACGAAGAGGACUCGGAAAGAGAACUGAGAGAAAGAGCUUUUCUGAUACCUUUGGAACCUUUGCCUGGUGUAACGCUAAGGGAUCCCCGAUCUCAGCUGAGGCAGUUCAGCCAUAUUAAAAUGGAUGUCACCCUGAUGAAACCAAACUUUGCCAAGCAUAUUGUGUGGGCGCCUGAAGACUUGCUCCCAAUACCUUUGCCUAAGCCCGACCCCGUCUCUUCAAUCAAUUUACCUCUUCCUCCACUCAUUGCUGAUCAGAGACUUAAUAAACUGCGGAAUUUGAAAAACGAUCCCCACCCAAACGCGAUGCCAGCUGACCCACGACUCGCUGCAAAGGCAAAAAACAACUUAACAGGCAGGAGCGGCUAUUUGGAUCCUUCUGCAGAGUCGCAUGCCAGUAGCUCAAGCAAAUUAGGAGAUCCUCGCUUACAAAAAAAUGUCGAUCCCAGACUCCACAGACUGUCAAGUGCAGAUACGCAUCAUGGAGUUGCGAAGGAUUCACACCCUCCGAAGUUUGACCCCCGCCUUGCCAGGUCUGCCGCUGGCUCAUCGCAGCCCUCAGAAACUGCAACUACUAAACCUGACCCAGAUGCUCUGCCUCCGUACGCCCCCAAAUUAUCAUCGAGUGGUGUUAAGCUGGGAAGUCCAGGCUUGAUACUGAGCGGUAUUAGUUUGUACGAUCCAAGAGAUCACAGCUCGUCAUCGGACACGACUCCCGCGAGUUCGGGAGAGAACGGAGAGAACCAGAAAAAAAGUAUUUUGAAAAAUUCUGGUAAAAAUGAACCUGGUCUCUCAGAGGAUUCAUCGCUACAGAAGGCUGCCUCAAAUGUGGAAAAAAAUACAGAAGGAUCAGCAGAAGCUACUUCAGAUAAAGCAAAUAGCACCAGUAAAUCUCAGGCUAAACACUCCAGCACUGCACCUGCGGUGCAUAAUCUUCCUAUCCAAGCUUUAUCGGGAUUAAUCAGACCGCAGUACAGCGACCCGAGGCAGGUUAGACAGCCAGGACAGGUAACUCAGACACAGGAGAGCGAUCCGAAUGGGGAGUCGGAUGAUAAGUCCUUAAAAGAUGUUUUCAAGACUUUUGAUCCAACUGCUUCACCAUUUUGUUAGCAAUUGAUUUUAAGUCUUUUUACUGUUGUGAAUAUUGCAGUUUUCUGCUGUUUUGUAACUGGUUUACCUCUUUGCUUUUAUUUAUUUUUAAAUUAUAAUUAUCAACACUUUUCAGCUGCUAAUCUCAGAACCACAUGCAGUUAUACAGUAUGCUAUAGUGUUUGCAAAGCUGUGGUAUUUUCUAUAUAAUACUUUUCCAAUUUCAGGGAGACUAAUAAUUGACAUGUAGGAAAAAAAUCCCAAUCAUGUAUCGUAUUAGAGCUGAUAAAAGCACUUUCAUUGUAAAUAAGUCAUUAAGAAAGUCCGAAGCCCUGUAUAUGUGUGAGCUGUCCCUUUCAUAAAUGACAUUUAGAUAUGAUUGCCACAUUUGUAUGAUUGUAUAGAUACAAGCAAUAGUAUGUACAUUACUGUGAGAGACGCUGUUUGACAAGGAUUGUCUGAUGCAUCAAGCCAAACUUACUAACUGAUUUAAAACUGAUGGAAAUGAUUUAAAAGGAAAAUGUUGAUCCUCCUUUUCAGAUCAGUUGAUGUAAGACGUUGACAGUUUUUAUUCAUGCAGUCAAUAUUCUUAGUGUAAAAGAGACCUAUAUCACAUAUUGAGGAUUAAAAAUGUCAUAUCUUUUAAAAGUAUUUUAUUCUAUGCUGUAUAUAGAAGAAAUUGUGAAGUACAUAACUAGAAGAAAGUUACUGUUAAAAGUGGAGAAUACCGAAGUUGUCUAAUACAGAAAAAGGUUUUUAUUUAAUUUUUUCACGCAUACACAACUCUGAUUAGUGCUAUAAGUUACAUUGUGGUGUUCAUGUAUUUCAAUGUAUUUUUGUAUUCAGCCGCUUAAUUUGUAUUGCUUUUUUUGUAUUGAUGUAACUGCAGUACUUGUAUUCAUGGUGUCUUUAUGACAUUUUUAACAAAAAAAUUAAAAAGGGUACAGUUAAAGUCUGGUAACGACUGUGAUGUUGACCUAUUGGCAGCCAGUUCAGUGCUGGGGAGAGUAGUGGGGGUGUUUGAAGGAUGAAGGUGAUGAAACCUGGUUCCAGUACAGUUGCUACACUGUGUUACUAUCAGUGGUGGGUUUUUAAACUAACCUUGUACUGAAUCCCAAUGGAGUUUGCUUCCUGCAUGGUUCCAAGCUCAGACUGCCGACUUGGAGAGAGCUGUCAUUGUUCUCUUACUACAGUUACCAGCAUCGCUAUGAGAAAUGUCAUGCAUGCUCUUUAAUUUCUGAAGAUGUUGCAUGCCGGCACAACUGUCCGCAAAACCCCUCUUGUUUUCCCUUUUGGAAUGCUUUUUAUAUAGAGGAAAUGUAGUCAUACCAAGCUAGCUACAUUUACAAUAAAAAUUUGCCGUCUGCUCAAUUGCCAUCUG